UUUUUGUUUGUAUUCCACGAAAUCAUGUUUGGAUUUAAUCUGGAGGGUAAAUAGGCCUACAAUGCUAGCCGUGUCCGGGUCACAAUUAGUUAAGGCGAGAAUUCAAGUUCGACCGUCAGUCAGUUGCGAUUUAACUUCGCGUGUGUGCAAUCCGCCCUGAGUUGAAGUGCGUGCACCCUCUGACAAAUGGUUCUGUUCGGCACCAAAUGCUGGCGCGGUCUCGGUUGUAGCGACCGAGGAGAUCCGUACGUCGUGCCUAGCCUUUCGCCGACACUGCAGCUAGGAAAAAAAAAGGUUAAUAAGGAAUAAACAUGGCUGAUAGGCAACAAUAUACCAGAGCACCUCAAGGCGCAGACAUUGAGGAAGGAGAUCAGAGCGAGACAGGCAAGGAGAAGCGAGGAAAGUACGGCUGUUUCUCCUGUCACCCCUCGUUCCUCUCGUGCCUUGCCACUGAGAAAUUCUUUCUCCUGGCUAUGUGCGCGCUGGUCUUCAGUGAUGCCUUCAACAUCGGCACCCUGGGUGGCGCCCUCACGAGUCUGGAGACCCGUUACGAGCUGACCGUCUCGCAGCUGGGGCUGAUCGAGAGCCUGUACGAGGCCGGCAAUCUGAUCUUCGCCCUCUUCGUGGUGCACUUCGCCGGGCGAGAGGAGCACCGGCGCCCGAUGUUUAUCGGCCUGGGUGGGCUGACCAUGGCCCUGGGAACGGCCAUAGCCUACUCGCCCCAGUUCCUUUUCUCCCCGUACCAGCCCGACUGGCGGUCACUCUCCACCAAUCACACCUCGGAGCCACUGACCUGCGGAUCCGAUUGGCCGGCCCAGUCCAGCGUGGACUUAUGCGAUCUCGAUGAUCAGCACACGUUGAGACAGGAGAGCCACCUAGCGUACGUGAUUGUAAUUUGCGGUGAGAUCCUGGUCGGUAUUGGCUGGACACCAGUGAUGCCUUUAUCGAUGUCAUAUAUAGAUGAUAAUGUCAACGCAAAGAGCUCUGCCAUGUUUAUAGGUAUCACUCAGAGUAUGUUCGGCAUCGGGACCAUUAUUGGGUUUCUGGCGAGUGCAGCUGUAGCCUCUCACUGGGUCGACUUCUAUCGGGUGGACCCGGACACAAUCAAGCUCUCUCCCGGCGACCAACUCUGGGUGGGCGCCUGGUGGCUGGGGCUGGCCAUCACGAGCGCCCUCUACUUCGUGUCCUCGCUGCCUUUCUUUGGUUUCCCCCGUAUCCUGCGGACCGGGCCAUCGGCGUCAGACGCCAAGGCGGACAACUUCAUGCUGGAGAAUUCCACGACCAGUCCCGACAGCACUGACACGGAAACGGAGAUUGUCGAACCUGCUCAAAAACCAAAACGACCGUCUUCUUUGGCUGCCUUGCCUAAGCUGGUGUGGCGUAUGCUAUGCAACCCGGUCUACGUGUGGCUCAACAUCGCCAGUUUCUCCGAAAUGGCCGUCGUCGCCGGUAUGGUGACCUUUUUCCCCAAGUAUCUGGAGACACAGUUUGGCUUGUCACCACCCGAGGCCAACUUUUUUAUGGGCGUUAUUCCUGUACCGGCCGUUGCCCUGGGAUCAGUUCUUGGGGGGUACCUGCUAAAGAAACUCUCACUGAAGGCAGACGGCGCUAUGAAACUUGCCCUUGCCUGCAGUGUGGUCUCCCUGGUAGGCCAGGUGGUGUUGUUUGGAGUUGGCUGUGAUAGUGUCGGCCUUGCUGGAGUGGAUGUAUCUUACUCUGAAGACCCAUGGAACAGGAUUGACUUGACGGUGAACCUAACCAGCAGCUGUAACGUCGACUGUGGUUGCAACUUAACCAGUCCCGACGUCGUCUGUGGAGUCGACAGUAUCACGUACUUCUCCCCCUGCCACGCCGGUUGCAAAGAAACCAUCAACGGGACGUAUUUCAACUGCUCAUGUGUGCAGGAGCCGACCAAUCAGAAUGCCGAGAGUGAGCCUGGCUCAGCCCAGCACGGCGCAUGCCCGAUGAGCAACUGCCAGAUGUUGGCACCAUUUCUGGCCAUCACGUUCAUCAUUGCACUGUUCAGUAGCUGUGAGGAAAUCCCCCAACUCUUGGUCAUGAUGAGGUGUGUCGAGAAGUCGGAUAAAUCCCUCGCACUUGGUGUGCGACACAUUUUAUUUCGAGUAUUCGGAAGCAUCCCCGCGCCUCUGUACUACGGUGUGGCCAUCGACGCCACCUGUCGCCUUUGGCAGCAGUUCUGUGGUGAGCAGGGCGACUGCUGGGCCUACAGCCUGCCCGAUUUCCGCUUCACCUACAUCGGCAUCACAGUGGGUCUUAAGGCUCUCAGCACUGCAGCCUACGUGGUGGCCUGGGUCCUGCUGAAGAGACGGUCCGGCACUGAUAUGGCGCCUGCUGGAGGCGAAGGCACAAUGGUCGUCGGAGACACCACGACAGCCUACAGGAAAGUUUCCGAGAAUGGGGCUAACGGUGACGCACUGCUUGACCGCCAGGGGGAAAGCGCGACAGAAAACAGUGAGAUGGCCGUCCAGCAAAUCCCUGGAAAUGAAUCUUCUGUGUAGUUGUCACGUUUUCGUACGUGUUCAUCUCCACCUUGCCACAGUGUCAAGAACCUUGACUUCAGUGUAAAAACCUUCGCGUCAAUGUCACGAAAUAGUUUCUACAGAGCCUCUAAAUUUCUGCGAGGUGUUGACUUCUGUACAAAGGCUUGUCCGCAUUCAGACAUUCACAGUUUUAUCCAUUUUGACAAUCAGUGUACGACACUGAGAGCUAUGCGUAUAAUCUUAUUGUAUGAUUCUUGUAACCGUUUCCAAUAAUGUAUUCCUUCCUACUCCAGAAAUUAGUCUUAGGCCUACUCGUGUAUUUGUUAUGCUUAGAGUCUUUUUCUUGUCUGUCCUUGCAUUAAUUUUGUCUAUUCAAAGAUAAGGGCUGGAAACGUAUAAUCAAUUUCCUUCACCCUUUACUGCAUGCACUAUAUAAUUUAUACUUAGAAUUAGCAUGUGGGAGAGAGGGGGCGGGGCAAGCCCCCGCAAGAGGCAUGUCGCUGUUUGUUUCCCCUAGCGUUUUCUGCAACAAAAGAUCAGUGUACUUCUGGUUUCAGGUACUGAAGCAAAUUUGAAACUGUAUACAGCUACCUAGGCUUUCUUGGAGAGGGGUGUGGAUCUUGUGAGGAUGUGAAUUUGGACCAUAGUUUCUCGGAAAACAUUCCAAUUCCCCGCCGCUGCCCACCCAACCCCCUCAAAAUCUGGAUACACCACUGACCCCAGGUACCAGUCACCGUUAUUGGGCUUCGUUCAAAACCUGUCAUUUCAUUAUUUUCCCAUUGUUCUGUAGAUAUUUCGCCAACAGCAUGCCAGCAUGUCAAGUAUUUUCGUGUCACGAUUGAACUAAAUUGUUUUUGGUUUGUCAGUUUUCCAAAGUGAGAAAUUGAGUUCUCCAUACUGAAGACACUGUUGCUACACUUCUUGAUUCAGAGCAAGCUUUUGCUUAGUUCGAUAAGAGACACCUUGCACCAAUACACUGUUCUCAAUGGAAAAGAAAGGCACGAAGGAACCUGUCCAUUCCAGAGAUGGAAUGCAAAAGCUUAACCCGAAUCAGGACAAACACAGGGUCGGUUCAGUUAUUGGGCAAAGAAAAGCACAAUGUCAUUUUACGAUCUUUGUUAUAAGGAUGUAACAGUCGACGAUUCACAAUGUAGCGCGCCUCCAUGCUAACUGCGCUGUGCGCGGGAAACUUGAUAUUUUUCCCCAAAACGUUUGUUUAUCUAUCCAAAAAAAAUCCACUAUUUUUCUAAAGGACGGUUGUAUUCGUCCCAACAGGAAUAAAAGUGAUACAAAGCAACUGUAA